AUGGCCGAGGCGGUGCUGGUACGGGGACUUGGGCAGCGCGCUGAUGUCUAUUUCGGCAAGCCCGCACACUCCGCUGGCUCUGCCUGCUGGCGCGGCGGUGGGAAACGCCGUGCCGCCGGCAGCACGAACCGCGGCCGCGACGCUCAGGCACCAGGUGACGCCGGCGAUGAGCACCGCGGCCAAGGCAGCGAAGGCGCACGCCUCCCAGAUGAUGACGUCGAUGGCCGCCGCGCCACCGAGCGGGCACGUCGAUGGCCGCACGAGACUCCAUGGCAGCGGCGCGCGAGAUCUCGUCGGUGGCAACGCGAGCGAGCUGGCUCCGCGGUGGCCGCGCGCGAGCUCCCGUCGGCGGCCGCGUGUGCGAGGCAGCCGCGCGAGGGUCCGCGACAGCGGGGCGCCAGAUCCUGCCGGUGGCCGCGCGAGGUCCGUGACGGCGGCAGCCGCGGGAGCGGUGCUUCACCGGCGGCGCGCACAGGAUCCACAAUCGCAGAUGGAAACCGAGCGCUCCUCCCCCAACGCUGUAUUGGAUGGUUUCGACGGCCUCGUUGCGCGUGA